GCUCACUCUCAAAAUCCCUCUGACAUUUUACAUCUCUCUCUCUCUUUGUCACACCUAACCGGACAGACACUACUUAACCGGAAAAAUGGUUGGAGGUCUCGAAAAAUGCAGUAAGAUCCGUCACAUUGUGAGGCUAAGACAGUUGCUCCGACGCUGGCGCGACCAAGCACGAAUGUCUUCUUUCAGCCGAAGCGUCCCGUCAGAUGUACCGCCAGGACAUGUUGCUGUCUACGUGGGGACCAGCCGCAGAAGAUUUGUCGUGCGCGCCACAUAUCUAAACCAUCCUGUCCUAAGGAAUCUUCUGGUUCAAGCCGAGGAAGAGUUCGGUUUUGUGAACCAAGGACCGUUGGUUUUCCCUUGUGAAGAAUCGGUUUUCGAGGAAUCGGUUCGGUUUAUAUCUUGCUCUGGUUCGACCCGGUCAAGAGGGUUUACAUGCACCGACGUUUUCAAGAAGAACUGCCACGUGGAGAUCAGAAGCAAGCGUGAUCUGUGGAUCGAAUCUCGGCCGUUGCUUCACGGCGUCUCCGACAAAGCAAUAUGGUGAUCAUCACUUGUCGGGGACUUACAAGAAAAAUGUAUCGAAGACAGUUUUGAUAUUAGUGGUCAUUGACAUUUCUGUUUAUUUAUUGGUUUCUUCCUGAGUGCGGCGACGAAUUUACUGAGCUGAGUUAGACGUGGUGGUGAUUACAAGGGAGAUGGCCGUGAAAGGUGGGUGAGUCAUUCUACCGAGUCGGUAUUGUGAGUGUUGGCUGUAUAUCCUCCAUUUUUAAUUAAGUUGUAAAUAUGAUUAUCAUUGGAGUUAUAAGUCUAACGAAUAAUAUGUAAAAUUCCAGAGCAUUAUUAAGUUAAAUCAUCUAUCUUAUUAAA